AGCUCAUGUAAUUAAAACUAUCACAAAUGUAUCUUUUCUCUUGCCUAACAUCAAAUAAACCACUGAUUUAUAACUUUGGUUUUGUUCCAUUAUAGUUUGUACUAGAUCAUACAUAGCUCACUAAUGAUACUACUUUUUGCCUCGCUUCUGUUGGCCGCUGAUGCACAGCACUAUCGUGCAGAUCUGGUAAAUCAUGCGAAUUUUAAAUUGAUACAUCCAUAUCAGGAAGAAUGUGGGCAGAGUUUGGCUGACCGUAUUAUUGGAGGAAUCAAUGCUUCCCUCGGACAAUAUCCUUGGCUAGCAAGGCUUGGAUACUCUUUUGGCCAGACGAAGGGGAAGUCUUCAGUGGAUGUGUAUGAGUGUGGAGGAGCCAUCAUCACAGACAGAUACAUUUUGAGUGCAGCUCAUUGCAGCCCGGAAGCACUGGGCAUCAAACUGGUGCAGGUCCGACUAGGAGAGUAUGACACAGAGACGGACCCAGACUGUGUGGAUGGCGUGUGUGCUCCACCUGUACAAGACGUUGAUGUUGAGUCCCACAUCUGCCAUCCAAACUACAACAAAGAAGACUAUCACAAUGACAUCUGCCUAAUUAGAUUGGCCACUCCAAUCCAGUUUAAUGAUUUCGUACAACCAAUUUGCCUUCCAAUAUAUGAACUAUUUCUGACCAACACUUUUGAAACAUACGUAAUGGAAGUGGCUGGAUGGGGAGUAUACAAUAUAUCAAUACGCAUGCCUCAUAAGAUACUGCAAACUGUAAAGGUUCCCAUAGCAAACCAUUGGCUCUGUGAGCUCUCGUACUCCAGUAAGGCUGCUAUCCAUGAGACUCAGUUCUGCGCGGGAGGCAUCAUCGGCCGAGACUCUUGCAGUGGCGACUCAGGAGGGCCUCUAAUGCGGCCAUUCUCCAUCGAUGCUCCUCCCAAAUACUUUCUUGUUGGAAUAGUAUCAUUUGGCCCAAAAAAGUGCGCUGAAACAGAUUCUCCAGGUGUCUAUACCAAAGCUUCAGACUAUAUGAAAUGGAUUUUGGAUAACAUUGCCCCAUAAAUUGGAUUUUAUACCAAUAAAUCAUAGUAAAUUUUA